CACGAAAAAAUCCAAAAUAAUUUUCACGCACAAAAACUCCCUUCAGACAAUUAUUUUUGAUCUUGCACAAUUCCUCACCAACAUGGGCUGGUCUCAUAGGAAACGUCAAGUAAAAGCAGACACCAUGAUUGCAAACAAUUGCAGAAAAUUCUUUGCUAUGCUUUCGCUGCUACAGCUGUUGCUUGUGCUCGCUUACGACAAUCGAUCGAUAUUCUCUUCGGCUCUGAGCGUUGCCAAUGCUGCUUCGACACCAACGCCGGAGUGUGCCGUCGUUGGCGUUGGAGUCUUGGGAACGAGCCUCUGCAAGCAACUUUUGCGCGAUCCCGACAUGAAAGAUUGGAAAGGUGGGUGUUUCUGUUYCAAUCAUCCUCUUCCUGUGACGCCGAURUACUUAAAUCGCUGGGUCUURGAUUMAAAAAUGCGCCAUCAUUCCGUCCUCUUCUCAAUCGACAGCCUCUCUCACACGCAAACAUAUUCUGUAUUCAUCUUCAUGAUAUCCCUCAGUGACUGGYAUUACAAAAAGUAACAAGMGGCAUGAGCAAAUAUUGAAAGAUGUUUUGGGAGACGACGAUCGUUAUUCCGAUCGUUUCGAACUGCGAACGGCAGACGACAACGCAAAAAGUGAACAAAAAUUCAAUCAUUGCGUAUUUUGCGCUCCCCCGUCUGGAUUCGAAGAUUAUCCRGCGGCUGUCAAGGAAGCAGUCGAUGGCCUUUGGAUGGGUCAAAAUGGUGAGAAUGAAGGAGGGGCAUUUGUUUUCACAUCGAGUGGUGGAAUCUACGGUAGUGGUGGUGACGAGAUCGAGGUGUCGCCAAUCGUGACAGAGUCGACUCCRUUGACCACCGUAACUCCAAGAAUCGAGAAACUUSUUAAUGCUGAAAAAGAGGUUCUCAAGCACAAGGGUGGAUCCGUACUUAGAUUGGCUGGAUUGUAUUUGUUGGAUCGAGGCGCACACAAUUUCUGGUUGGGCGAUACUGCCGAAUUGACAAGAGAGGAAAUUUCGGGUCGACCCGAUGGCGUGAUAAAUUUGUUGCACUAUGAYGACGCUGCAGGAUCGGUUGUCGCUGCRUUGAAGAAAACCUCGAAGAACAGUGACAKCGACGAUGAUGCAAAAGGSGGAAAAAUAUUUUUAGUCAGCGAUGGACAUCCUCAAACCCGCCUACAAAUUUGUGAGUCGAGCUUGAAAAACAAGAGAUACUCGGAUCGAACCAUUCCAAGAUUCACCGGCUCCAAAGAAAACGGAGAUCCYAUCGGGAAGAUAUAUGAUGGAAGCUACACAAACAAGUAUUUGGAUUGGACACCAAGGUACGAGUCGUUCGACAAAUUCAUGUCUUCGUAGGCUCUAGAUUAUCGAUGCUGGUUGCUUCCCAAUAGCAUACGACGUAGUUCUUCGACCAUUCGACGCUGCUUCAACAAGAUGACAUCCUGUGGUGAUAGGGAAUUGCGCCACUAUUCUUUGAAUUAACACAGUAUUGGUAUUGCRAGAGUCUACUAAAGCGAGUGUAAUUACUUCUCGAUGAAAACGUGAUUAGAAUUCUCCGUUAUAGAACUGCUUUUCAGCUUCAUMGCAGCCCAGAGACGCUCUCUUCAAGAAAACUUGGGUUUCUUCAGGCGAAGACGAUAUUGGGUUCUGUAAAUACUAGGAAUACCACUUACAUGUACAAUGGGUACUUUGAACUUUUUUCUGCUGGAUCUCUCUACGCAAUGUAUUGCGUAUGCAGCAAUAUAAUGAUCCUUAUUGG